AUGAAGCGCGGAAGGUGUUGUGAAACAUACUUGAAUGAAACACAAAACAACCCGGAAAGUGAAGCAAAAACAAAGUUCAGGAGGAAGAAAUCGAAGAAAUCUCAUAAGAAAAUGAAGAUAAAUGUGGAUGGUUUGCUGGUUUACUUCCCGUAUGAGUAUAUUUACCCGGAACAGUAUGCCUACAUGCUGGAGCUGAAGCGGAGUCUCGAUGCAAAGGGGCACUGUUUACUGGAAAUGCCCUCCGGGACGGGGAAGACAGUCACAAUCUUGUCCCUUGUGGUGGCGUAUAUGCUUGAGAAUCCCCACAGAGUGCGCAAGUUGGUCUACUGCUCCCGGACAGUGCCGGAAAUUGAGAAAGUUCUCGCAGAAUUGAAGCAACUGAUGAAAUACUAUGAAGAUCAUCAAGUCCCAGAUUCCAGUAUGUUGGGCAUUGUACUGAGUUCCCGGAAGAAUAUGUGUGUACAUCCGGACAUAAGUCGUGAGCGUGAGGGGAAGAUUGUCGAUGCACGUUGCUACGGGCUCACGGCGAGCUACAUUCGUGACAAGAGGCGCUACGAUGAUGCCAUCCCGGCGUGUCAGUACUACGAGGGAUGGGAUCUCGAAGGGAAGGAGUCCCACAUCCCCACGGGAAUCUAUGCCCUCGAUGAUCUCAAGGAAUUCGGCAGGGAGCGCAACUGGUGCCCCUACUUCCUCGCACGAUUCCUCAUUCAGCACGCUCAGAUCAUUGUCUACAGCUACCACUACCUCCUGGACCCGAAGAUUGCAGAAGUUGUCUCCAAGGAAAUCCCCAAGGAGACAGUGAUCAUCUUCGAUGAAGCCCACAACAUUGACAAUGUCUGCAUUGAAUCCAUGAGCGUGAAGAUCAAUCGCCGGACAAUUGAGCGUGGAACAAAUAGCAUUCAGGCUCUCGAGAAGACCAUCACUGGGAUUAAGGAAACAGACACAAUGAGACUCACGAGUGAGUACCAGAAACUCGUGCAAGGGCUCAAAGAUGCCACGGAAGCACGUGAGAAUGAUCUAAUGCUCGCUAAUCCCGUCCUACCGGAUGAGAUCCUGAAGGAAGUCGUUCCAGGGAAUAUCCGGACGGCGGAUCAUUUUAUUGGCUUCCUCAGGCGCUUUGUGGAGUACCUCAAGACACGUCUGCGGGUUCAGCAUGUUGUCCAGGAGUCCCCGGCGGGCUUCCUCAAGGAUUGCCAGCAGAAAGUUUGUAUUGAGCGGAAGCCGCUGCGUUUCUGUGCAGAGCGACUGGCUUCCCUCCUGAGGACACUCGAGAUCACGGAUAUGACGGAAUUUGGGGGCCUCAUAGUGAUAACGCAUUUUGCCACCCUGGUGUCCACCUACACAAAAGGCUUCACCAUCAUCAUUGAGCCAUUUGACGAUAAAACCCCCACCGUGUCCAAUCCGAUCCUCCACUUUAGCUGCCUCGAUUCCUCCAUUGCCGUUCGGCCGAUCUUCAAUCGUUUCCAGAGUGUUGUCAUCACGUCUGGAACACUCUCCCCUAUGGAUAUGUAUCCGAAAAUCCUGGAUUUCGAUCCGGUGGUCAUGAGCUCAUUCACAAUGACCCUGGCACGGCCAUGCCUGCUGCCGAUGAUUGUGUCCAAGGGGAAUGAUCAGGUGACAAUUUCAUCGAAAUUCGAGACAAGGGAGGAUUCGGCGGUGAUCCGGAAUUAUGGGCAAUUGCUCGUGGAGACGGCAAAGACGGUGCCAGAUGGGAUUGUUUGCUUCUUCACGUCGUACCUGUACUUGGAGUCUGUUGUGGCGGCGUGGUACGAUCAGGGGAUCGUCGAUACGUUGCUGCGGCACAAGUUGUUGUUCAUUGAGACGCAGGAUAGUGCUGAGACGUCCUAUGCCCUCAUGAACUACGUCAAGGCGUGUGAAUGCGGCAGAGGAGCUGUUCUAUUGGCUGUGGCCAGGGGUAGAGUGUCUGAAGGGGUUGAUUUUGAUCAUCAUUUAGGACGUGCUGUUCUCAUGUUUGGCAUCCCCUACGUGUACACACAGUCGCGCAUCCUCAAGGCUCGCCUUGACUACCUCAGGGAUCAAUUUCAAAUAAGAGAAAAUGAUUUUCUCACCUUUGAUGCCCUUCGACAUGCAGCUCAGUGCGUGGGGCGGGCUAUUCGCGGGAAGACGGACUACGGGAUAAUGAUUUUCGCCGAUAAGCGCUUCUCGCGGCAGGAUAAGCGCGGGAAGUUGCCCAAAUGGAUUCAGCAGCAUCUCACGGAUAACUACUGCAACCUCAGCACGGAAGAGGCCAUGCAAUUGGCCAAACGUUGGCUCCACAUCAUGGCGCAACCCUUUACGCGUGAAGAUCAACUCGGUGUGUCCCUGUUGACGCUGGAACAGCUCGAGAAUACCAAGAAGGAGAAGCUAGAGCAACAGGCUCAGGGGGAAGCAAUGGAUACAUCGUAGCAGGAGCCGGUAAAGAAUAAUUUAAUUAGCUGACGGAAUAAAAAAAGCUGCUGAAAGAAUAAAAAAACUUAUAAACGGAAUGAAGCACAAAUUAAUAAAAUAAUAUAUAGACUGGAACUUCUG